CCUUUUUUAACUUUUUUUUUAUUAAUAUUAUUUUUUUCAUUAAUUUUUUUUCUACUUAUUUUUAUUUAUUUAUUAUAUUAUAUAUAAUAAAGAAAAAAAGAAAUAAAAAGUCCUGAAUAGUGUGUCUAAUUUGCAUGCAAUUGAUGCUGAAAGACAUCCUUCUUUACAGGAAAGCCCCUAGGAUUUGUAAAUCAUCUAAAACUAGCUCAUGUCUCCGUCUGCAGAUGCUGAAGACUGAAGACUGAAGACUGAAGGGGACUGCAGCCAAAUAUGCAGGGGUAAAAAAAAAAAAAAAAAUACCAGAAAUAUUUGCCCCCAUACUUUCCCUCCAUCUCUGAAGCAGCCCGGCAGUGAAGAGGUUAACUGUGAACCUGGAAGUGCAGCAGAGAGCCUCCUCCUCCUCCUCCUCCUCCUCCUCCUCCUGGUCUCUCUGUAUGGGCCCAUCAUCCGUCUCAGGCUCAGAAAGGAAAGUUCCUCCUGAAACAGAAACGCUAUUUUGUCACCAGAUCAUCCAGCAGCAGCAAACACUCCUCCUGUCUGUCCUCCUGUCCUCCUGUCCUCCUGUCUGUCCUCCUGUCUGUCCUCCUGUCUGUCUGCAGAGAGAGGAAAUAAACACACCACACCUCCAUCUGAGCAGGAGAACAAGAAGAAGAAGAAGAAGUUACUUCUCGACAUAAGGAUGCGAAGGUUUUGACCUCACUGGAGCUGGUCUGACUGAAGUUUAAGGACUGACAAGAUGCGUUCCAGUGUGGACGGACCGCCAAGCAACACCAACAACAACAAUAACAACAACAGCAGCAGUGAGAACAGUGGAAACUCAGGUUCCCAGUAUGCACUGUGUGCUCUGGGCGUUGGGCUUGUUGCCCUCGGUAUUGUGAUGAUCGUGUGGAGCGUGGUACCUGCGGACGCGUCCGGUAACAGCAGCAGCAACAGUUCAGGAGGAGGAGACGAUGAUGUUACUAGCGGCAGGAAACAUAAAGCGUCCUCCGUGGCCUUUAUCUUGGUGGGGUCCGGGGUGGUCAUGCUGCUGCUGUCCUUGUGUCUGGGGAUGAGGAACAAGCAGCGGGAGCAGCAGAGGCUCCAGGAGGCCCAGAACAACGGAGGAACGGCCACGAGGGAGCAGGAGGAAAGAGAAACUGCUGAGGAACAAGCCCAGCGUUUCGCUGUACCGAGCUAUGAAGAGGCGGUAGGCAGCGGCCAGUACCCUGUCCGUCAGAGCAACCCUCGCCCCAGCACCUCCCAGCUACCUUCCUACGAUGACCUCGUCCAAGUGGAUGGCGUAGAGUAUGAACACGAGGGGUCAGAGGUCACACCUACCGGACCACAGCCUGCUCCCACUGCGGCUGCUCCCACCGUGGCUGCUUCAGCAUCAGCUCGCAGAUCUGGGAAAAAUAACCGCAAGCUCCUUCCUAUCAAGAUCCGCAGGAUUAAAUCGGAGAAGCUGCACAUGAAAAACAUUGAUAACGCUCAGCCAGCAACUGGAUUCAGUAUAGAACCACUAACCCCUCCGCCGCAGUACGAGGAUAAAGUGCCUCCGCUUUAAGAUCAAGCCGAUCAUGUUUAAAACAAUCUACUGAAAUUCCUGGAAUCUUCCAUGAGACACCUUUUGUGGAUCUGGAUCUGUGUUUUUAAACUUAAAGACUUGAAGAUGGCUCUUCUUGCUGAACAUUCCCAGUGGCACUUUGUUUUUAUAUAACACAGUAUCUGUUCCAAUUCAUCAUUCAUGCCACGUCACUCCAAAGCACAGAACAGAGGAGCCUUUAUUUUUUUUAAAUUGUGGAUUCCUGAGACGGAUAAAGUCAGAUAAUGACGGAUGUAGUUGCUGGAUCCUUCCUCACUGUGACAUUGGAUUUAAAAGCACACACACACACACCAAACGCAGUUUUCCUUUAGGUCAUUUUCUGUUCAUGCAUUAUGUUUCUGUACUCCAAAGUGCUCUGACUGUUCAGGUGAAGUGACGCUGACAGAGAUCAUAGGACAUCAGUGAGUGGUGAUUUGUGCAGGGCAGUCAUUCUGUGAAGCAGCUGCUGUUUGGUCAGUGUUUCACCUGGAGAGGCUUUGGAUUACUACUGCCAGCGGUUCACCAGACGUAGGCUCCGUGGUGAGUGACUUGUAUGUACUGAGCUGACGUGACCUGAUGUGGUUUGCCACACAGAAACUCUCCCUCAUUGUCAACAAUAUGGUCUCUCCUGUUCCUCUGGAGCUUUGCAGAACAUGAGUGACACUUUAGUUGACGGGUGUCAGAGAGAGUCUGCUGAGUGUUUUAUACAGAGUCCCUUCUCACUUCUAUAUUAUCUUCUGUAGCUCUAGCUUUUGCUCUUCUUUGUCAGCCUCCUUGAAAAGCUGAAACAUGGCACUGUGGUUUUCUUUACAUAUUCUAAGAUGGGUUAAGAAUCGUCUAUUUUUAGCCAAGAUAAAACAAAGCUUUGUUAGCAUUGAUCAGCUACAGCUCCCGUGACUCUCAGCCAUAGGCAGUCUACCAAAACCUCAUGGGAAAUGGAGUUGUUGGAUGCUAACAUAAUAAGGGCUGCAGCUCUCUGCCGAUUAUUUUCUAGAUUAAUCGUGUAUAAAAUGUUAGAAAAUAGUGAAAAAUGUCCAUCCCAGUUUCUCAAACUCCCAAGGUGAUGUUUUUAAAUGUCUUCUUUUGUC